CCAUAUUAUGUAUUUACACUGUCCAUGUGAUAUUGCAGUAUCAUUAAAGUAUACUUUACACUGUACUUACUUUGUCAACGCGUUGAAGAAGCAGACCUAAAAUCGAACCCAGGACAUGAGUUGUAAUAGCAACAUUGUAAAGCCAGCAUUAUGCAGCGUGCACCGAUGAUACUGAUGCUGUCAUAAUGCUCACAGCCAUCGAAUGCAUGGAAAAACAGAAAUCAUUAUUGAAUAGAAUUAUUUUCAGUUAAACAGAUUCAUCAGAAGAAUUUUUUCAGAAGACAGUACAUUCAUCUGUGUCAAGUACAGUAUGUACAGAUAUGGGGCUAACUUUGAAAUAAUAUAUUUGCGAACGACCUGGCGAUUUCAGAUGUUUUCCGAAUGAUUCUGUGCCUUUUAUUUUAACGAAACGCUUUACAUAAUGCGACUAUUCCUACUGUUGCUGCCAUCGCUUAUUUUCCUGUAUUUGUGCAUAUGCAGUUGCAAUGCUUAUAUCCAGUAUCGAAGCCUGGGCGGGGAUGAGCUGAGAUUCUGUUUAAAUGUUCCCGCACUGGUAUCGUACAUGGGCGACUCGGCCGCCAACAUCAACCGUGACGACAUCGACCCCGCCUCCAUCUCCUGGCAGGUCUCCCCGCCCAACUACUGCACCUGCAACGGCACCAAAUCCUGCACGGUCCCCUCCCUCGACAUCACGCUCCUCUGCACACGGCCCCAGGUCUUCACCGUCACCUUCCAAGCGGCUGCUAACACCACUCCCACAUCCGACUCCGUUAGACUCCAGUUUACCUACUGCCAGGAUCUCUACGGAUGGUACGCUGUGCCCGUAACCAACACCACGCCAGCAAUUCGCGAUCUGCAGUGGAAUCGCGACGUAUUAACCGUCCGCGCUUGGAUUACGUCGCAGGCGGCGCUCUCGGCGGAGGAGGACAGCGGGAUGGCGGUGGUGCCGUCGGCAUACUCGGCGCGGUUGACCAAGACGUUCCAGGAGAUGGGCUUAUCGCCGUACUUGAAGACGAAUUUUCCCGAUCAGCGGGAUGUGUAUUUCUUCUGCUCGAAUCAGUCGGUGCGGGUGUAUGAUGUCGGGAAGGCGUUGUGGACGUUCACCUGUCCGCGGAAUGGCAACGAUCGUUACGGUGUCUUCGGGACAGGUGGAAGUGUACCCGGUUCCGAGCUGACAUACCAGCUGAAAGUUGCCGUGAAGUUAAGCGGGCGCUAUGAUUAUCUCGGCUACGGUGUCUCCGAAUCCUCCUUGACCUUUUCCCGACCGAAAUUUAAGUUAUCACCCGACGCAUCUGCUGCAACCUUCACGCACCAAUUACCUUCCCCGACGCUGCGUUUCGACCCGUGCCAUACCCACACCGCUGUGGUGUUCUUGGAAAACAACGCCAUUAUCUACACCGACGACGAAUUCACCACAAUGCGACCUUUCACCGUGGAAUUGGACGGGCGGACCAACGCCACCGUCAUCGACAUCGCCGUUACGAAAUCCUUCAUCCUGAUAGCCACGGACACCGGCCUUUUCGCGCUGAAUCGUGAAGACGAUGAUGGAGUGGCGGAUAACAUCUACAACACGACUAUCUUCACCGGGAUAAAAGCGACGUCCUGGUGCUUGUCCGGAUCGCAGGAUGAUAGUCGCGAUAUCAUCGUUGCGUGGAACGACACCACUAUCUUCCUCGGAUUACCACGGAAUCUGCAGACGAUUACGGUUCCAGAGUUCUUCAACCGGAGCACCUCUCAGAUCGUGGACGUGGCCUUCGACCCGAUUCCGGGAUCCAGGAACCUCAUCGCCCUGGUCCGUAAUCCCGACGGCUUCAUCGUGUAUCAUGUUAAAAGCGUGGCGCUGCGCUCGGCACCGAUGUGGACCCAGAUGAGCGACCCGAUUAUUACUGCGACUAGUGGACCCGCGCGGUUGUUCCCGCUGCUCGGCGGGCAUCUGACGGUCAUCGCGGUUCUCCCGCAGACUGUCUACCAGGUCUCUCAGAUCGCGCAAUCCGCGUUCACCGUCAACGGCGCCUCGGUCCCCAUCGACCCCGUGCAGAUGGUCCAGUUGGCGGAGACCGGUGACCUUUACUUGCUGACCCUGUCCAACAAGAUCUACUACGGCACCGCGUCAUCCUCCGACGUCAUCCAGUUCAAGAAACCAGUCCUCCCCGACAGCAUUAUCUGGGUGGACCGGUUCCAACGCCCGGCGCUGGUGACCUUCGGCGAAACCACAACGAAACAGUUCUUCGACGUCCACACUGAGCUUCUCAACGCGGACUACGGGAAACCCUGUCCGUUCACCAUCUUCGCCGUUAGCGGACUGGAACCCUGGUAUCAACUGGACAGUCUGGACGAAUACCGCUUCACCGCGCAGCUAUGGUUCGACCGGACCGAUCCGAACGCGGAUACCCAAGAUCUGGAUAUCACUAUCCGCAACGGGAGCACCGGCGGGUACGGACCCACCACGGCCAUCACGGUGACCCGGGAUUUCCAGGACAACCUGGUGAAAAUCACGAAGAAGAUCCGCGUAACCAACGGCGCGUUCUUGUCCGCGUGGCUGAAAGCCUCGGUUAAGGGUUUCGUGACGAAAGACCCGAGCGCCAUCACCAUCCACCCCCGGACGCUAACCCCGUCGUGUUCGCAGCAGACGCAAGUGACGUCUUUCGUCCAGACCACGUGUCCGACCGGAUUAUCCAUCCGUCUGGUUCCACAGUUUCCCUGCUCGAAGAAUUACACCGAAGUGCUGACCGCGCCCAUCGACUGCCCGUAUUACGGGAACCCGUACAAACCACAACUCGCACUGUAUUAUUUCGACACGUUCAUGGAAAACAUCACCGUCGAUUACGCGUUGCGGGAGUGUGAAUGUACCGGCCGCACGGAGUUCACGUAUGCCGUCAGUGAAGUGGACGCGGGAUGCCGACGGGCGGCGCAGACGUUCGCCAACUGGAGCCAGAGUAUGACGGUGCCGACGGGGACGACCUGGGGUCCGCGGACGUACCAGCCGUGUUAUUAUACCGGGGAAAACGAUGCGGCACCGGUCAAGACGAGGAACUAUGAGAUUUUAAAUGGUAGCAGUCAAAACGCGCUGGUUUUCCCGACGGAUCAUGGAUCGGUGUACCGGUUUAUCGCGGUCGUGCUGGCCAACAAUUACAGCUUUUGCGAUUUACAGACGGCAUUCAUUGUGAUACCGGAAGGCUACGGUGACAUUCCCGACCCGAUGAUCAAGGUCUACAUGUUCAUUGCCAGCUGUUUAGCUUGUGCCAUCUUCUUCCUGGUGUUGUACGUCAUCUACGCGGUCAGCUGGAACGAGAACCGCGUGGGAUUCGAGAUGUUCGCUAAAGAGAGGCAACCACAAGCUUGGCAUCUGCUGGCCGAGCACAACAGCAGCCUAAUGUUUAGUGAGCCGCAGCCGGAAUUAUCUGUGGAAACCAACCGGAUAAAAACUGAAUAAUCCGGCGGAAGCUCUUCGAAGGAUAAGUGUUUAGGCAUAGCGGUGCUUUUAUUUAGCUUUUCGUGGUUUUCAUGCGGCAGCGUUCGUCUUCCCUGCACUUCGAAAAAUUUGAAAAAAUGUUUGUGAUAAAGGUCUGCUUUUUUGCUGCCCUAAUAUUCUUCGGAAACCGAAUUUUUUUGCGGUAAAUUAUUUUUGCAUUUGUUUAUACUGAACAACUAAUCCAAAAGAACAUUUCGUGGUCCGUUAUUUUAGGGCGAAACUGGAUUUGUGGAUUUGUGAAAACUAUUGCAGUUUUAUCUGGACGGUUUUUAUUAUCAGUUUUCG